ACGGCGCAACGAAGCGAGGGCUUUGCGUUUUGGACUUUGAUAGGAGCAUCUGCCUCUUCUCAUCUGCUCCCGCCGCCGUCUCCGGCGGUUGCCAGCGCCGCUUCUCGCCGGCUAUAUUUCAUUAGUUCAAAGCGGCUGAAUUCGUUCGUCAUCUGGCUGGUGUCCUAAGACGAAAACAGUGGGAUAAUCAUGUGGUAUCUUUGCGUGUUCUACCACAGAUUGUUGGAUUACCGCAAGCCCGAAGUCGAAUCUCUUGCCGAGCUCUUCGGCGCCUUCGACCGGAGUGAUGGCGAAAGCAAUGGCCAUCGACAAAAUGAGUCCCUGCAAUGGAGGCUGCCUCAGCAUCACCACCCGGAUUCUCCAUUUCAUUUCGUCAAUCUUCCUUCGGAGGAUGUCGCACGCAACAUCGCCAACCGAAGUAUACUUGUGAAGGGAAUUUAUGAACUCUGGGGAGAAGGAAGUACCUAUGAGGAGCUGGAGGAGGCCAUAAAAGGUUAUCCAGAUGAUCGGAAGUUGCCAUACUUGACUUCUGAUAGCACAUUCAAGAUUACUGUUGACAGCUUUGGAAAGGUCAUCAGCUUUGAGGAGCAAAAAGAUCGCAUCCAGGGUCUUUCUUACAUCCCAUUCAAGGGUCGAGCAAAUUUACGAAAUCCAGAUCAUAAGUUCUGCCUCAUGGAAACUGAUGACUAUGGAAAUAAUAAUGGGCUUCCGCCCAUUGUCCAUAGGAGAUUAUUUUUUGGUCGAGAGGUGGGUGCUGCUGAUAGGAAGCUCUUGCCCACCUAUCAGUUAAAAAGCCGUACAUAUCUUGGCCCUACAGCCAUGGAUGCAGAGAUGGCUUUUCUGAUGGCUAAUCAAGCAUUGGUCACACCAGGGAAACUUGUAUAUGAUCCAUUUGUUGGCACUGGGAGCAUUCUUAUUGCGGCAGCUCAUUUUGGAGCAAUGACAAUGGGUGCAGACAUUGACAUUAGGGUGGUACGUGAUGGCCGUGGACCUGAUUGUAAUGUUUGGAGCAAUUUCAAGCAGUAUGGUUUACAGAUGCCACUUGGUUUGUUAAGGGCAGAUAAUAACCUUCCUCCUUGGCGUCCUGGUUUGAAGGAGGUUUUUGAUGCCAUAAUCUGUGACCCGCCUUAUGGGGUUAGGGCUGGAGGCCGCAAAUCUGGUGGUCGUAAACUGUUGAAAGGGGCUGUGGAUCCUUACACCGUUCCUGAUGAUAAGAGAACAGACCACAUUCCAUCAACCGCUCCUUACUGCUUAGCCGAGUGCGUGCAUGAUUUGCUUCACCUUGCUGCUAGAAUGCUCGUGAUGGGAGGCCGCCUCGUGUUCUUCUAUCCUGUACUACGAGAAGAUGACACACUUGAUGUGAACUUCCCGGAGCACCCAUGUUUCAAAUUGGUUGCUUCUUGUGAACAGAUGCUAAGCCUACGGUAUAGCCGGGUACUACUCACCAUGGUGAAGAUAGGACCAUACACCGAGCAAAUUACAGAGUCGGCUAGGAUCAAGCAUUUGGAUUUCAGGGAGAACCAUCUGAAAUGGCUAGAAGAUGGCAAUCUUCAUUCUGCAGUCUUCAGCCCUGCUGAUCCCGAGAUUGGCAGUGCAGGUGAUACUAAAUUUAGUAAGGACUCGAAGCCCAAGUAUAGAGGAAAGUACGUGUAGCUCCAGCUUUAAAAAUGCUUGUCUGCUUAGGUUUUGCAUUAACAGUCAUUGAUAUGUACACUUACUCAUGGUCGAGUUUUAGUUAUCGCUCGCCAGCCAUUUAUGUUUUCAGUCUAGGGUGGUUCAUCGGUCAUAAAUCUUGCUGUGUCUGACCAUCUGUAACUUAUUUCGAGUCAGUAAAUGAUAAUGGUUUCUAAAUAUAUGCUCUUUUCAUGUA